AUGAACUACGGUUACGGUGCUAACUACAACGCCAACAACCGCGCCUAUCCCACCACCCCCUCCGCUUUCCCCCAGCCCAUCUAUCAAUCUCAGGGGGCCCAGGAAUAUGUCGAUCCUUCCAACCCAGCGUAUGCCCCUGGGUAUUUCAUGCCCAACAAUUACCCACCUCAGAUGCAACAGCAAGCACAAUAUGCCCAGCAACAGCAGUACGCGCAACAGCAACAGCAAGGCUUGCAAUCGCCGCAGGCCGCCUACCAAGCACGCCCCGGGUACCCCGAUGGCACCAACGGCCUGAUCCAGCAAUUCUCCAACCAGGACCUCAAUGCAAACCGUGCAGGAUUUUUCAACAACAACCGUGCUGCGUCUCCCGCGCAGCGACCCCGUACCGCUGGCGGUUCUCCUGCUCAAGCCCCAGGCCAAGCAUCACACUUGAUCCCCCCAGUACCCCGAAGUCCUCGCCCGCCUUCCGAGAACGAAGAAUUGCAGCGAUUCCCUGAUCGAUACUCGGAGAAUGUGCACAAGCGGGGCAAGGCAGCGAAGGAGCUGGUGACAGUGUUCUUCCAUGAGAACAUCGAGCGCGCUCGUGACCGUAACAUGCGAUCCGCGGAGCUUGACAAGACAAUCCGUGAACCCUCAGUCCCCGUCGAAAAGAAGCGCCAGGAUGCGGAUUCUAUCUCAAAGAGAGAAUCUGACUUCCUUCGUUUCCUCCGCACCAAGGAGACGCCAGCGAACUUCCAGACUAUCAAAAUUAUUGGAAAGGGUGCUUUCGGCGAGGUCAAGCUUGUGCAGCGCAAGACAGACGGCAAGAUCUACGCUCUCAAGUCGUUGAUCAAGACGGAGAUGUUCAAGAAGGAUCAAUUGGCCCACGUUCGCGCUGAGCGUGAUAUUUUGGCGGAUUCAAAGGACAACCCUUGGCUGGUGAAGCUCCACGCAUCGUUCCAGGACACUGCUUACCUUUACCUCCUCAUGGAGUUCCUGCCCGGUGGUGAUCUCAUGACCAUGCUGAUCAAGUACGAGAUCUUCUCCGAGGACAUUACUCGAUUCUAUAUGGCCGAGGUUGUAAUGGCUAUUGAAGCCGUGCACAAACUUGGUUUCCUUCAUCGUGAUAUCAAGCCCGACAACAUUCUGCUCGACCGUGGUGGUCAUGUCAAGCUUACUGACUUCGGUCUCUCGACCGGAGGCAAGAAGACUCACGACAACGCUUAUUACCAAAAUCUUCUCAAGAACUCAACUUCUAAGGACCGGAAUCGCAACUCUGGAUACUUUAACGAUGCCAUUAACCUUACAGUGUCGAACCGUGGCCAGAUCAACACCUGGCGUAAGUCCCGUCGCGCCAUGGCCUAUUCCACGGUUGGAACUCCCGACUAUAUCGCUCCCGAAAUCUUCAACGGCCAAGGAUACACUUAUCUCUGCGAUUGGUGGUCUGUCGGUGCCAUCAUGUUUGAAUGUCUUGUCGGCUGGCCACCAUUCUGCGCCGAGGACCAGAACGACACCUACCGAAAGAUUGUCAACUGGAGAGAGUGCUUGUACUUCCCUGAUGAAUUGGUCCUAUCGCGCGACUCUGAGGGUCUGAUCCGAAAUCUCCUUUGUGAUCCGGAUCACCGUAUCGGUAGCGAAGGCGGCCAACACGGAGGCGCCCAGCAGAUCAAGAACCACCCAUUCUUCCGAGGUGUUGUUUGGGAUCAGCUACGGGGCAUUCGCGCGCCCUUCGAGCCCCGCCUUAGCUCGAACAUCGAUGUGUCCUACUUCCCGAUUGAUGAGAUUCCUCAGGAAGAUACUAGUGCCAUCCAUCGUGCUCAGGCUCGUGCCAUGCCCGACUCGCAAGAGGCGGAGAUGAGUCUGCCUUUCAUUGGUUACACCUACAAGGCUUUCAAUGCCUUCCAGAGUAGCUAG